GCCGUCACGUUACGCCCCUAAAAAACCCCAGCCAGCCCACCCUCCCGUUCGGUCUCCUCCUCGGCUGACGCCGCCCCCCCCCCCCUCGCGUCCGUCGCACGCGCCGCCUGAACCCUAGCCUCCGCCGCAGCUGGGAUGGAGAAGGGGGCCUCGGAGUCGUCGCUCGCCUGCGCUCGCUGCGGCAAGCCCGCCCUCCUCCAAUGCCCCAAUUGCGCACAACUGAAGCUCCCGCGUGAGGGCGCUGCUUUCUGCACGCAGGAUUGUUUUAAGGCAGCAUGGAGCUCUCACAAAUCUGUCCACACACAGCAGUCCCCAGAAGGUUGGAAAUAUUGUUUGAAAAAAGGGAGGACACGUACAUUGCAGCUUCCUCGUUUUGAUUGGACAGGUCCUUUGAGACCGUAUCCAAUAUCAAAGAUGCGUGAGGUGCCAGAUGAAGUUGAGAAGCCUGAUUGGGCGCUGGAUGGAAUCCCCAAGAUUGAGCCAGACAGUGAUUUGCAGAAAAGAGUAGAGAUUAAGACCCCUGAGCAAAUAGAAAGGAUGAGAGAAACAUGUCGAAUUGCAAGAGAGGUUUUAGAUGCUGGUGCUCGUGUAAUAAAACCUGGAAUUACUACUGAUGAAAUUGAUAGAGUCGUCCAUGAGGAGACAGUUGCUAGAGGUGGAUACCCAUCUCCAUUGAACUACCAUUUCUUCCCCAAGUCAUGUUGCACGUCCGUCAACGAAGUUAUUUGCCAUGGAAUCCCAGAUGCCAGGAAACUAGAGGACGGUGACAUUGUAAACAUCGACGUAACUGUAUAUUAUAAAGGUGUUCAUGGUGAUUUGAACGAGACAUAUUUUGUUGGAAAUGUCGAUGAAGCUUCCAAACAGCUUGUCCGUUGUACCUAUGAGUGCUUGGAGAAAGCUAUUGCAAUAGUUAAACCUGGAGUUAGGUUUCGAGAGGUUGGAGAAAUCAUAAAUAGACAUGCAUCGAUGUCAGGUUUCUCUGUGGUGAAAUCUUAUUGUGGCCAUGGCAUAGGGGAACUGUUCCACUGUGCCCCAAACAUCCCUCAUUAUUCAAGAAACAAGGCUGUCGGUAUCAUGAAACCUGGGCAGACAUUUACAAUUGAGCCAAUGAUUAAUGCAGGAGUUUGGCAGGAUCGUCUAUGGCCUGACGAUUGGACUGCAGUGACUGCAGAUGGUAAACGGAGUGCUCAGUUUGAGCAUACACUUUUGGUGACGGAGACAGGAUGUGAAGUUUUGACGGCACGGUUACCUUCAUCACCGGAUGUCUUUCCAUGGUUGAAGCCGUGAUACAGCUGCUCUAGGCACCAACAAGCACCGGAACAACAAUUUUUUGAUGCUAUCGAUAUAUUUGUUCCAGUACACACAAUUGAUGUCUCGAAUGGUUUUAAAAACGUUUUUUUUUUCAAAAGUUUCCUUGACCAUGGCCAGGAGGCAGGAGCUGUUAGCUGGCCCGUCACAUUUCAAUCUUCCUUUGUUCUUGAUGCUUUUCAACUUCAAACAUCUAUUUAUCAAGCAUAGCCCAAAACAAAAAAACAUGCGGCUCAAAACGACA